AUGGCCUCUACUGUCUCUCCCAUUAAUCCAUACACGCCGCUAUCAGCUGUCCCUUCUUCUUCACCUAGUCCAAAAUCACUUUCUCCACUCUCGAACUACCUAAGUCGUUUCUCGAAAUGGAGAGCGGAACUUGGUUUGCCUAAUCCUGGUUCUGUCGAAAACCUUCAGAAGGAGGUCAAAGCAACCCACCUAACUAACUACGCGUUUGAUGGCGGUCGUGCUGACCUUACAAAAAGCAUGUCAAUGAGUCCGCUGUUUCAAGUGACACAUUCGUUUGCCCUGGGCUCACAGACAAUGGCACCAUCUUACAAUUUUGGUGCUAUGUAUGCAACCGAGAAUGCAUGUGGUGUUGACCAUGACGGAAAUGUAAGCGCCCGUGUAAACCAGGGAUGGGCCAACGGACACGUCUCGAAAGCUCAAGCUCAGUUGUCUCAAACGCCAGGUCAUAAUUUGCUCCAACUAGAGCAAGAUUUCAGCGGCCAAGAUUUCAAUGUCAACUUAAAAGCGGUGAACCCGUGGCCUUCCGACUUGACUGGUAUAUUUGUCGGCAGUUAUCUCCAAUCCCUCACGAAAAACUUCGCUUGUGGUACUGAAAUGGUAUUCCAGCGUCCAACGCCCAGCACUGCGGAGUUAGUUGCUACUUACUUAGCCAAGUACACCAGCUCCGACAAAUCGUGGAUUGCUACUGCUCAAUUGCAACCUGCUGGUAUAUUGCAGGCGACGUAUUGGCACAAGCUCAGUGAAAAAGUUGAUUUCGCGGCGGACUUGCAGCUUGUGGCUACUCCCAUGCGUCGAGAUGCGGUAGCUACACUAGGAGCUAAAUUCGACCUUCGUCUUUCGACUUUCAGGGCCCAAUUGGAUUCGACUGGCAAAGUCUCUGCUCUGCUUGAACAACGGUUUACCCCCACCUUCGCUUUCUUGAUGUCGGGAGAGAUUGAUCACCUCAAAAACUCAGCUAAAGUCGGUGUAGGUGUGAUGAUUGAGAGUUCAGCGUUGAGCCCAGAGGAAAUGGAGAUGCAAAUGCAACAGAUGCAGAUGCAACAGUCAUUAACAUCGCCUCCAUAA